CAAUUUCGUCCUGCAGAGGAACUCCAUGAGAUGGGACGGGAAGGUUUAUGAAGAGAUCCCGAUAGCUCACAUCAAAGCGACAUACAACAACACCCACAUCCAGGUGGUCAGCUUUGACAACAGGCCCUUUGCUCGCACGUCCUGCGGCACCGAAGGCUUCCAGAACGCCAAGAAGGGAACUGCUAUCGCGGCACAGACCGCGGCCAUCGCGGCAGCAACGAAAGCACGUGGGAAGGGUGUACUGCACGUGCGAGUUAUGGUGAAAGGACUGGGACCAGGACGCAAAGCUGCCAUCAAGGGUUUGACGAUGGGAGGUUUGGAGGUCAUCUCCAUCACAGACAACACACCAGUUCCCCACAAUGGCUGCCGCCCCCGCAAAGCCAGGAGAAUGUGAGGAGGCAGUGAAAGACACACACAGCUUUCAACAUCAGUGCAUGCAACAGGGACUGGGUGCAAUGUUGCUCCUGUGACAGAUUCUGGAAAGCCACUCUCCCUGGAUAUACUUGUUGAGGGAAGCUUGAAGAAGAGAUGGCCCAGACCAUCCUGGACCUUAAAAGUCCAGGUGCUAGAAGUGGUGGAAUCAGGAAUAUGUGUCCUCCCUUAGUGGGAAACCUCUUGUCUACAAAGUUUGUUGAUUAAAAUGUUGGUCUUUUGA